CGCCGAAAACCGACUCUUCUCGCAAGCUCUGCAGCGAGAGUGCUCAGUUAAAACUCGUGGAGGUGUUCUGAAGAGGUUUGAUCCGUUUCGAAGAGGAUAAUUCUCGAAAUCUGAUCGUUUGCUUCCCUGAUUCUGGAUUCUGGAUACUGAAGACCGAGAGAGAUAGAUGGCGAUACUGUACGCGCUGGUGGCGCGAGGGACGGUGGUUCUGGCGGAGUUCAGCGCGGCAUCGACGAACGCAGGUGCGAUAGGGAAGCAGAUAUUGGAGAAGUUGCCUGGUAACAACGAUGAUAGCCACGUGUCGUACUCUCAGGGUCGGUAUGUCUUCCACGUCAAACGCACCGACGGCCUCACCGUCCUCUGUAUGGCCGACGGUUCCUCCGAAAGGAGAAUUCCGUUUGCGUUUCUGGAAAAUAUCCAUCAGAGAUUUGUGAGGACGUAUGGCCGUGCAAUUCGUUCAGCUCAAGCUUAUUCCAUGAACGAUGAAUUUUCAAGAGUUCUCGGCCAGCAAAUGGAAUACUACUCAAAUGACCCAAAUGCAGAUAGAAUAAUCAGAAUGAAAGGUGAAAUGAGUCAGGUUAGAAAUGUGAUGAUAGAGAAUAUUGAUAAAGUUUUAGAUAGAGGUGAACACUUAGAGUUGCUCGUUGAUAAAACCGUCAAUAUGCGAGGGAACACCUUCUCUUUCAGAAAGCAAGCUCGCCGUUUCAAUAACAGAGUAUGGUGGAGAAAUAUCCAGCUUUUGAUCGUUCUGAUACUUACGCUCUCGGUUCUUGUAUAUGUCGUGGCGGCCUUCGUUUGCCGCGGGCCAGCACUUCCUUCCUGCUUCAAAUAAGUAUUUUUGCAAACAUAAAGAGUUCCAAAAGCAUGGGAAUUGGGAACAUAUGUGGAGGUCAAAGUCUGAGAAAGACCCGCAACAAAACAAGGAG